AUCUUUCCUUAUUCUCACUUUUUGAAAUUUAGAAAAAUAGAAAAAUUCAAAAUCCACGUCACACCUCGGCACCAGUUCGAAGAAAACCGUUGCCAAGUCUCAAAGGAAUGGAAGAACAUCAAGGCAACAAAGCAAGCCACAAAAAGGAUCCCAAGCAAUCGCUCCAACUCAAGCAAGUAAGUUCACAAGACCAAAGAUCACAAAUCUUUUCCCAAAGACAGACAGAGAGCGUCUCGCAAACUUUGUUAUUCUAGCUAGACUAGCUAGUUGACAGACAACCACCAUGACAUCGGGAGAAAGCGUCGUGGCGAACGAGGCACCACAUGUGCAGUUUGUGGAAAAAUCGUCCGGUCGAUUCGAUCGGUUGCGUCGCGCUUCGACCAAGCGCUUUUCCAUCAAGCUGUCGACGGACGAAUACAAUCAGAGUGACGAAAAGAAAUUCUAUGGACCUUACCAACAUAUCAAGAAGGAAUUGGAUUACACCUACCACAGCUACUACCGGAUCGAACGGCAAUGGCUACACGACAGCAUCAUUGAGGACUAUUUGUGUCAUGAAGAACAAGCCAAAAACUGUGUUCCUGCCGAGCCUUGGCUUCUCUACACUUGUGGCGUCAAAGGGAGUGGAAAGCGUUACCUCAUUGACAGACUCAUGGAAGAUGGGCGAUUGCCUCUCUUGAGUACCAUCAUUGUUGACGCAGAUGAGAUCCGACGCAGUCUGCCCGAAUUUUCGUCGUACGCUGACAGCAGUCCAGAAUUGCUGCCUCAGCGAAUGAACAAGGAAGCCGGAUACAUUGCCGAAAUUCUGACACUGGCAGCUCUACAAGCCGGCAACAAUGUCAUUAUUGAUGGACAACUGGCAGAUGUCGUCUGGCGCAUCAAGCAAUUCAGCAAACUCAAAAAACAACAUCCCAAACUACGCGUGGCGCUCAUUCACGUUACGGCACCGCUCGAUGUCAUUUUGGAACGCGUCGAACGGCGAGCCUUGGAAACGGGAUUUCACAUUCCCAAAGAAGACACGGCACGAACGUUGCAAGAAAUACCCGACGAUGUCGAGACGUUGGCUAAUGAAGUCGGAGUCAGCUAUUGUUGCACAGUCCACAACAACAAUGACAAUGGUGGCGAUUUUGUCUUGGAAGGCGAUCAUCAUCAAACAUGGGAACAAUUCACCAAAAACUUUCAACAAGAAGUUGAAGUCAUCAAGCCGGGAUCUUCCUCUGGCGCCGCCAUCGAAGAACUGGCGGCGGUUACCACCAGUGAUCCAAAACGAAUUGCUAGACCACAAGCUCUAGUCUUUUCACGACGACAAGCAAGUACCCAAGAAAAACAAUAUGCCGCCACCAGCUUUCGACUGCGACGAAAGUCCACGCGAAAACCAUUUCGAGUCGAUGUCAGCACCGAAGAUUAUCAUGCUUCGAAUGAUCGCAACUUUUAUGGAAAGUACUCGCAUAUCCGAGAAACCCUCGACUACUCGUAUCACAAGAAUUAUUCCUACGAACGACAAAAGUUUCAAGAUGCCAUCAUCACCGAGUUUCUUCAUGGCGCCGUGAUUACGGAUAAGGAUGGUCAACUGUGCACCACCCCCACCGAACCUUGGUUGGUUUUCACGGGUGGAGCAAUGGGGGCUGGGAAAAGUUACACCAUGAGACGUCUCGUGGAAAAUGGGCAAUUCCCUCUCAUUGCUUUCAUCACAGUGGACCCGGACAUGAUUCGGCGUCAGCUGCCUGAGUAUCAUGUCUACUGUGAGAGUAAUCCAGAGCUCGCAGGGACGCUCACACACAAGGAGUCGGGUUACAUUGCAGAGAUUUUGACAUUGGCUGGGUUGCAGUCCGGAAAGAACGUCAUGGUUGACGGCUCUCUGCGCAAUGCGGAGUGGUACAAGACAUAUUUCAAACGGUUGCGUUCUGACUUUCCCAUUCUUCGACUUGCCAUCAUUCAUGUAACUGCACCACGGGAAGCCAUCUUUCAGCGAGCAGCGGAACGUGCCUUAGUCACAGGCCGCGUAGUGCCAACGGCGGUGCUCGAAGAAGCCAUUGAGCAGGUGCCAAGAAGCAUGAAAAUCUUGGCUCCCUUGGUAAACUACCAUGUGGACUUGAACAAUGCUCCGGGUGCCCCAGACAUUGAGCUGGGCACCGAGGGAGAAACGUGGUCGAAUUUUUCAUCCAAAUGGGUCCAAGCCUGUGCUUGGGUCCCGGGCAGCAAAAAGAAAGAAAAGCUCAUUCGACUCAACGAAACCGGGCCAGCAUGCUUGGCUUGAGGGACGCCACAACCGUUGGGUUGCUUGGCGGCGCAGUCUCCCCGAGCAAUUUGGGUGCAUUCGGUACACGAUCAUGCAUGUAGAAGGCAAACAGCAUAGUCUCCCAACACCGCGAACUCCUUCGCUUUGCAACGAUGACCCGAACAAUGAUAUCUUCUAACGAUGGACAUGCGAACGCUUCGCGAAAGUUUCCACUGCCGGAACCCAAUACUAUCGUGCUGAGUAGACCAUUCCUAUUCAAACAGCCACCUUUUUUAUGAAGAUAGCUUCUACCGUAGCCAGGUGGCUGCUGCAUUUUUAUAGAUAGGUUAGAUAGAUAGUUACAGUACCGGCAUGCCUUCCA